AUGCUGCUUCUAUCCCUACUUUUUGCGUUCCACAUCGACGAACUUAGUAACUUCCCAAAAAAUUAAGUUCUAAUUUUUUUUAACCAACAGGAACAGAAAGUCUCGAAAAUGAGGAGUGGGAAAUUAUCACGACGCCGUCGAUGCCUUUAAGAAUGUGAGUGAAGAGUUGAAAAAGGAAAUUUAGUCAUGAAAAUGAUGCAACUUUACAGGAAUGUCGAGUUUCACGGAAUGCCAACACAACCUAUAAUCUCUUCAAACGAGUUUGUUUGCAGUCAUGUGUAUUAUUUGAAAGUACAGCAUAUUCAAAAAACAAAAAAAAAUGGGCGAUAUAUAUAUAUAUCUAAAAAAAACGCUAAAACAAGGGAACAACGGGUGUAAGAAGAAAUAAGUGACCCAGCUGUAUUAAUUUCGAAAAUCUGUGAUCUAACUGUGCUAAAGCGGUGCCUAGCUGGGGUAAAAAUUGUCAAAAGUUCUGUCAGCUGUGCUUAUACGGGUUCAAGACGGGUUCACCCGAUGAAACCCCGUGUUAGCACGGCUAGGUUACCCUCAUCAGCAUGAGAGCAUCUCACUUUUCAAGUCGGGAAGGAUUUGCUGUAAACAUGCGAUACCCACAUAUAUGAGUAAUAAACUUCAGGAGUUUGAGAAUAGAUAUGAAGACACAUCUGGUUUUCAAAAUAGUUUUCAAUCCGAUCGCUUGUCAUCGCAACGAUACCCAGCACGUGUAAGACUCGAGUUCCGAACAAUUAUUCACGGCGUUACAGAGUGAGGAUUCCCAUAUUUUCUAAAAAACAAUCCCAAGUUGAUAUUCGCGAAAACUCUUUCUUGUUCUUCUCCUAUCCUUGUGAGUUUUCCCUUUUUUUGAAUCUAACUGUUUUUUAGCCCGAGGCGAAUCGUAUUUCGAAAACGAUUGGCAAGCAUAUCGCAACUAUCGCAUGCAGAUCACGCAGUCGCCCUAUCAUACUUUUUACAGUAUGAUUUUUCCAGAUUUUAUAUAAAAAUUUUUUAUAUAAAAACUUAAGUUUCAUUUAAAAAUACGUUUAUCCGAGGCGGUUUGUAAAAAAAUGGAAAAAAAGAUUGUUUUUAUUCUUUUUCGAGUUUCAAGAAAAUCGCGGAAAAUAAUUUUCCACUAUAUUGCACACGGCCUUUGAGCGUCCGAAGGUGCCAAAGCGUAGAACUCACUGAACUAAAAAAAAGAAAGUUGGCGUUCAAUUUUUGAAGAGUGAGAAUUAUUGUAUAUGACAAUUGCCAUUUGGAGUGGGUCUUUCAUAGCCAAGCCCGGAAAAGCGUUUGGGUUUUUCAGUUAACUUUGUACACAACAGAAAAAUGUUUCUUUUAGGGUGGAAUAAGUUAAUUUAUGCUUUUUUUUUGCCCCAUUAAUCGGCUUGUUUCUAUCAUCCUUGCUGCCUCUCCUUUUUUCCAUUCUUUUUUGAGUCCUUAUCGUUUAAACAAAAAUGAAAUAAAUUGAAGGGACCUUUUGUGAACUUUUAGCGGCUUCAGCCUCUUCCAUUUUUACUACCAUUUUCUGGCUUUUCGGAUAUUACCUACUACUCCUUCUUUUUUUGGAGUUAAAUCAAGCCGGCCAGCCAAGAAUCUCAUUUUCAGGAAAUGUGAACGUAACAGCCUUUUCCCACACGAUUAUCGUCAAACUGGCGAGUGGUUCUGCAUGAGAAGGCAACUUUGAAAUUUUCAGGAUGAUGAGAGAGUGUGUUUCUCGUUUGUACCGCUCGACCAAAAGAAUGUGACUAUGUGCCUGGACCGACUCCUCUCCGAUGGCCGCGCCGACAGCUUCAUGCUGUUUAACAGUGCCCAACACACUUGUCCCUUCCUAGUCACUGCGGUUUUUCCAGUUGAUUGCUUUCUAAACUGGAGGUUGAAAAUAUUUUAGGCGAUGUUCUUGUAAACACGGUAUUUCAUUAGCAGAAAAUUGUGAGAAAAUCAAGAAAGACUAUUGGUUAAACAUUAUUUUGUAACUCCAAAACCAGAAGCGUCCGCGGUAGUUUGGCCCAAAGAUGGUAUGAAAAACCGAUAAGAAAGUCUACGUAGAAAAGCUCAACUUCGGUAUUUUGGAACAGAAGUCCCGCGUUAAAAAUAAAUAGACUUGCAAGCCAAAACGGUUUUUAUCUUUCAAAAGCACGGACCGAAUCUUGAAGAAACAAGGCAGAUAAGGGUUAAAACGACCAUCUGCUUCAAUCACAUUUAUCUUUGAAUACGGAGUACUCCCAAAAUUAAAAACUUUUUCAGGGGAACAUGAACUUAUUACGGAAGGGAUCUGAAAAGAGCAAAAAAGAAGUUCCCGGCGGAAAGGUAUCUCAGGAGCUUGUUUCUGCCGUAACUAUUUCUUCGGUACUUGUUAUAGGGUUUUUAAAGUAUUUUUAUCGUAUAGAAUUUUUCAUUGCAGAUUCACGAUCGGCAUAAACAUUUAUUUGAAACACAUAUGGUCAGCUCCGGAACCGCAGAAGAAAUGA